AUGGUAGACGACGGCGACGAUGAAGCUGCACUGCGGCAACUAAUCGAGACUGAAAUGCCAGAGGGAAGGUCAAGUCUUGAAAACAGUUCUGCAAAUUUGGAACGAGUAGCUGCGUACUGUGAAGCUAACUAUGCUCAGACUGACGACAAAAGGGCUGCAUUUGAAGAGACAAAACGUUUUGUUGUUCAGAGCUUGGCAAGCGUCGCUUACCAAGUAAAUACUCUUGCAUCUGCUCUGCUACAAACACUGGAUUUACAAGCAGGGAAGAUAUCAAAAAUAUCUAAUCAGGUACAUAAUGUUGAAGCAAUUAUUGCAAUUCAUAAGGAGAAGGUCGCAAGGAGAGAAAUCGGUUUACUUACUGCGAAUAAGUGUAUACAGAAGCAACCAAAGAUUGUGGCACGACAGCCACAAGAGAUGGUACAACGUUACCAGCGUUCACCAAUUGAUUAUGGAAUACUGGAUAAUAUAGGGCACGGAGUAAAAAUACAAGAACCACAAGUUACAAGGAAUUUAAUUUCUCGUACAGCCUCUACUGUAUCCGGAAGUUCUGGAGCCCACUACCCAAUAUUUCCAAAUUACGAGCAACUUCUUCCUAAAGCUAAUAUUAAUUCUACGUUAUCGAGAGCAAGUGGAGCUCAUUACCGAACUCCACAAGCUGCUUCCACACCUACUAUCGACCCUCAGAGGUUGUCAUCGCUAACUCAAAUAUCUAAUUAUGGACGACUUCCCAGUAAUUCUCAUUAUGGAAGUAUUACUUCGCAACGAGAGUCUACUAUUCCCUUACCGCCGCCUCAGUUGACUCCGGUUGCUCAAUAUAGACUUUCAGAUAGUAGCUUGGAUGGUUUACCUCCCCCUCCGUCCUCGUCAAUGCCAGAUGAAGAUCCUUUGCCCCCACCGCCUCCACAGAUGGCGAUGAUGGCAGGUAAUUACGCAACCUCAACUCUUGUCAAGUCGCAAGAAUCCCCAUACGGUCUUAGUAUUGCUGGUGAUGGUCAUCCGAUAGAUCUGGCAUAUGGUCAUAUAGACUGGAUUCCAAAAGUCUAUAUUGAGAAGGCAGUAGCGUUGUAUGAUUAUGAUGCAGAGAAGCCUGAUGAGUUAACCUUACGAGAAAAUAAUGUUGUUUACGUUCUACGAAAAAAUGACGACGGGUGGUAUGAAGGAGUUUUAAACGGUUGUACAGGACUUUUCCCAGGAAAUUACGUACAAGCUAUAUAA